CGAGCGCGCGGGCGGAGGACAUCGAGGUGCUGGAGCCCGCCGAUGCGCUGCCCAUGGCCGCGGAGGACCACUGGAAAGCUCUGUUCGAUCAGUUCGACCCUGAGAACACUGGAUACAUCAGCACCGAGAGAUUUCGAGGCCUCCUUCAACGGCACGGCUCCGAGCUGGACCCGCACAAGCUGGAGGUUCUCUUGGCUUUGGCAGACAACAAUUCUGAUGGGAAGAUCUGUUAUCAGGACUUUGUCAACCUGAUGAGUAACAAAAGGUCGAAUAGCUUCCGCCAAGCUAUUCUGCAGGGGAACAGGAGGCUGUGCAGCAAGGCGCUGCUGGACGAGACAGGACUAAGCCUGUCCCAGCGCCUGAUUCGACACGUUGCGUAUGAAACCCUGCCCCGCGAGAUAGACCGAAAGUGGUACUAUGACAGCUAUACCUGCUGCCCUCCACCCUGGUUCAUGAUUGCCAUCACCAUUGUAGAGGUUGCCUUUUUUCUUUACAACGGAGUGGUGCUGGACAGAUUUGUGCUGCAAGUCACCCAUCCUUUAUACCUAAAGAACUCACUGGUUUAUCAUCCUCAGCUCCGUGCUCAGGCCUGGAGGUACCUAACCUACAUAUUCAUGCAUGCAGGGAUAGAACACCUUGGACUCAACGUUGUGCUUCAGCUUCUGGUUGGGGUUCCUCUUGAGAUGGUGCAUGGAGCACUGAGGAUUGGCUUUGUCUAUCUUGCUGGAGUUGUGGCGGGUUCCCUGGCGGUAUCAGUAGCUGACAUGACUGCACCGGUGGUGGGUUCCUCUGGAGGGGUUUAUGCGCUCGUAUCUGCCCAUCUGGCUAACAUAGUAAUGAACUGGUCUGGAAUGAAGUGCCAAUUCAAGCUGCUGCGCAUGGCUGUUGCCUUGAUCUGUAUGAGCUUUGAAUUUGGAAGGGCGGUGUGGCUGCGGUUCCACCCAUCUGCAUACCCUCCCUGCCCACACCCGAGUUUUGUCGCCCACUUGGGUGGCGUGGUGGUUGGAAUCACAUUGGGUGUUGUCAUCCUAAGGAACUAUGAACAAAGACUUCAAGACCAGUCCUUAUGGUGGAUCUUCCUUUCCAUUUAUAUCAUCUUUGUGUUGUUUGCUAUCUUCUGGAAUAUUUUCGCCUACAGCUUAUUGGAUCUGAAGCUACCUCCACCUCCUUGAAAGAACAGGAUGAAGGAUGUUGGAGAGCAAAAGACUUUCCAGCCACCAGCUCUGUUAAAUGAAUCAUGACUUAACAUUUAUUUUUCUAUGAAGCUUAGGGGGAUGAGCUAACAGUCUUCUGAGAAUGCACGGAGAUGUCUGACACAGAUCCCGUCUGACUGUACUGUAUGCUGAAGGAGACAAUUUAAGCAAUGACUUUACUAUAGAACUGGCCGGAGAAAAGUCAGGGCAUGAGUCCUACAGGUACUGUAACUUUCAGUCUGGCCCUGACCCCACAGCCUCUCCAUUGUGGGUAAUCCCAUGAGGAAGGGCUGCGAGAUAGGCCUGAGGUAUAUAACUGGGCACUUACCACUCAGUUUAUUAGCACAUACGUUGACUUUGUGUUUGAGUUACCUAAGUACUUGAGGUGGUGCUGGACCUCUGGCCAGUUGGUUUGUGAAGCUCCUGAACUGAACUGCACAGUAAAAGAGCACACUUUGCUAUCUCAACUCACAGGAAACUCAUGAGGCAGCUUUGAUUUGGUUUGACUGUUCAACCAUACCACUGCCACUGUCUUAUUACUUGAAUGGUUGCUUAAAUAUGUAGUCUAUGAUAAAAUCUGUCGUAAGCACCUUCCAAAAGGGAGCCGUAGAACUUGGUCAUCUGAGGCGUGGGAGGUUGGUCCGCAAUUCAAGGUCAAACAAAAUUGCACUAGAAGCCUUGGAUACUUUACAGUAGCUGCUAAAGAGAUGCCUGGUUGGAGGUGGCUCUUACCUUCUGUGCAUACUCCACUUGAUUUGCACAACCAGUUGUAGUAAACAAUGUUUUUUCUUUGCUGGGACAGGGCAGUCCAUUGUUUGCUAACAUUUGAUUACAUUGCAAACUGGUUGGCAAUUGAGUUAUGUUGUCUUCUCGCCUUUCUUUUUGGUUGCAGUCUAAAGCCCUGGCUGCAGUGUGUUUAGAGAGUCAUAACUCCUCUAGCAGAUGGUGCUUCAGCUCUGCCAGAAGAGUGGGACCAGGGUUUCUUACACCAGUGUAAGCAAGAACUGUCCAAGCUGUCAAGCCAUUUUAUAAACCGUUCAAUCUGCGAGGGGCCAAAUUUAUCCACUGAAGUCAGUGGAGUUACUCCAGGGAUGUCUUGGGCACUCAUUCUCUACCCAAGUGUUUCAUCUUUGGCAUGACAAUGGCUGGUAAACUCCUGAGGGUGGCUGUUGCGUGUGGACACAGAGUCUUGCCUAGAUGACAGAACUUCAGGGGUUCUGAGCAACAGUUAGUUGCAAUGCCUUUCUUGCCUAGUUGUAGGUAGGCUCUACGUUUUUAUAGGUUUCUAACCAGUCGAUAGCACACUAUGUAAUGCGGCAGGCCUCAUCGUCUGAUACCCCCUGCCAGUACAGACCAGGAGAGAUAUUUUAGAACACGAGCCAUGCUUUACACACAGGUAUCUGGUAAGGUGCUUACAUUACAUAUGUCUCCGCUCACUUUAACCAAUUAAACGCACAGCAGCCAAAACAAAAACAACAGUCCUGGAAGGUUGGAAGUUUUUCACCCAUUCUCAUUUGCCCUUCUUUCCUCUGGCUUCUCCAUAAUCCUGGAAUACACAAUUAGGAGGACUGUAGUCCAGGGGUCAGCAACGUUUUUGGCUGGAAUACCAAA